AUGGCCGGAUUUCAGCAAUACGGAUACAUGCAGCCACCACCAACUUCUCAACCGCCGAUGCCCGCUUCUCGAUCGACCCCUCCACCGCCUACGGGCAGAGCCAGCAGCUACCCCGAUAUCAGCUACGACACGAGUUCUAUGGAUCCGUUAAUGGUUAGCGUCGAAAAAGCUAACGAGCAAGUGCUGAAGAAACGGAAGCAAGAUGACGAAGAGCUCUCAAAGGACAUCGAGCAUUUGAACGAGAGGAACAAGAAGAUGAUUAGGAUCGAUCACACGAAAAAUUCCUAUUUGGCGAAUACUUCCAUGGUGGACACGCUGAUUUGUGGCGGAUGUCGCUUCGUUACCUGUGAUUUCGAGGCGUACAAGAACCACCGGCUCGGCCAAUGUACGAAGCCGAAAGCAGACAAGGAGCCGGCCGUGUUGAAGUGCGCCUCCUGUGAACAGAUUCUGGACUCGGCUUGGGCGCUCAUCGAACACCUCACCGAUUUCCACCGUAUGCGUUUAUACCAGCUAGUCGAGGAGCAGCAGCCCGAACCUGCACAACAAGAAAUGAACACGCCGACCCGUGAAGAACCCAUCGAUUCACCCGGGCAA